GGCGCGAGGAUCCGAGAGUGAAAGAUGAUCCCAUGAUUUGAUAAUUCCUGUCAAGACUGCAGAGGAGGGCGGGUGAUCCGACCCGCAGACUCACGGCGCGCCGCGAUGAGCGUGGAGGCGCUCUUGGCGGAGCUGCAGGGUGCGAAUGGAAAAUCGGACGGCUGCGCGGUGUCGCGGAGACGCAGAACACGACGAUUGAGGAGCUCACGGCUGCAAUCCCCGAUGGGGCGGCAGGUCGAGUUCAGCCAAAACGAGUUGAACUACAGCAACUACGACGACGAGUGCAGGAAAAUGGCCCAGUCGUUCUUCUACCAGCUGACGAUGCAGAAAGAAGGUGCCCGCUCGGCAUCAAACGGGAAGUUUGCGAUCAAGACGGGUUGGAUGCCCGACGUCGUUCGAGCCUCCAGUGCGACCCGCAGAACAUGGGGAGCACCCUCACGAGGUCGAUGAAGGCGCUGGAGUUCGCCUUCGGAGGCGAGGGCGAACUUCUCGACAACAUCGCCAAGUUGGAAAUACGGGUCGAGGAAUGCGAGAGGCGGUC